AUGAACCGUACAUCCUCAACCCAGAAAUAUGGUAAGAGGUCGACGCGCACCAAGGGCGAACGCCUCCUUGCCGAGCUGCCCCAGAGCCCGCUGAGGAAGAAACCGGAGACCGUAAAGACCAUGAACGUCAAGAAGAAGGACGCCAUCGCAUCUGUGACGGAGGGGCUAUCUGCCAUCACUAUAGCCGACGGGAAUGGAGAGCACAGUCAGCAGUAUCUCCGGAGGAAUGUUCCGGUAAAAAAUGUCCAGGGCCGGCAGCCAUCGCCAUCGCCAUCGCCAUCGCCAUCGCCCUCACCGUCGCGAGUGGCAGGAGAGCAGGAGCAGGAGACGGAGAGGACGGAGGACGUGCAGAAACGACGGCAAAAACCGGCGGUGCAGUCGGAAGAGCUCCGUGACGACACCCUGCGCACGUUGACAUGGGACGACGUGUGCCCCCCCGGCGAUCGCAUUGUCAAGAUUGCCGAGGCGUCGUACGCAGAGGUGUACCGCGUGACCAACGAUCGCGGCACCAGCAUCAUCAAGGUGAUGCGGCUGGAGUCGCCAAUCAAGGCGCAGACCAAGACGCAGGAGAGGUCGGGGCUGGUGGACGAGACGCCCCGCUCCGACGCCGAGAUCCAGGGCGAGCUACGCAUAUCCGAGUGGCUGGCUGAUAUCCCCGGAUUCGUCAUGUACAAGGAGCGCUACACGGUGCAGGGCAAGACGACAAAGGGACUGCUCGAGACGCACCAGGCCUUCCAGCGGAGGAUGAAGAGGCAGGACCCGGGGAGGGCGCAGUUCUACCCCUCGCCGAGCCGCUAUCUCGACGACACGAAGUUCCUCGUCGUCGAGCUGGGAGAUGCGGGGACGGCCUUGGAGGAUUGGAAGCUGACGACGGAGAGCCAGCUGUGGGAUAUCUUCCUUCUCGAGGCCAUCGCCCUGGCCAGGGCUGAGGAUCUUGCCAUGUUUGAGGUUUGCACAGCCCUUCCCCAUCACCCCCUUCUACCUUCCCCGCCUCGUCUAGAGGGCCUCUAUCCUGCUCAUCUGCGGCUGACAUGCGGAACCGACCAGCAUCGCGACCUCCACGAGGGAAACCUGUGCAUCAAGCAGCUGACCCCGCCGACAGAGCGGGACCCAGCAACGGCAGCAGCUGGCGGCCCCCAUUUCGGCUACUCGGGCCUCGACAUCACCAUCCUAGACUACGGGCUUUCGAGGGCCGAGGAUCUGAGCGUCGACUUCGCCAAGCCCGUGGCCUACGACCUGGAGCGUGACCUGAGCCUAUUCACCAGCGACCACGCGCCCCAGUGCAAGGUGUACCGCCAGAUGCGAUCGUUCCUCCUCCGCGCGGACCGCAAGUGUCUCCCAGCCGAGGAGCACGACACACCCUACGCCCAGGGGGUGGACGGCCCGCUGUCGUGGGAGGCGUAUGCGCCCUACACGAAUGUCCUGUGGCUGGCCUACCUGUACGAGUAUCUCGUGGGUAACUUUAGAGGGGACAGGCACCAGCUGGCCAGCUUCAAGAAGGAGACGAGACGCAUGUGGAGGUAUCUCGACCCGGAGGCUCCGGACAGCACGCCCUGCUUCGAGUGCGCCGGUGACAUCGUCUGCUUCGCCGUUGAGAGCGGCUGGAUCAGGGAAGACCAGCUCAUGGAGGGGGAGUCCAUGUUGGCGAGAGAUGUGGAGGAGCCGGUGGAGGUUGUGAGGUCCUCACCGAGGAGACGACAGACCGGGCGUGUCUGA